CGGGGCCGGGCAGCGGGCUGAGCGGGCCCGCUGGCUGGACCGCGGCGGGCCCGAGGCGCUCCAGCACUAGACCUCCGCGGCCCGGCGCCGCACGGAGAUGGGCCCUCCGCGGCAGCCGCAGCCCGGAGAGAUGGAAGCGGGAGGUGCGGGCUGCGGGCGGCGGCUGCAGGUGGAAAUGAGUUCUCAACAGUUUCCGCGGUUAGGAACCCCUUCCACUGGGCUAAGCCAGGCUCCUUCACAGAUUGCAAACAGUGGUUCUGCAGGACUGAUAAACCCAGCUGCUACAGUCAACGAUGAAUCUGGUCGGGAUGCUGAAGUCACUGCCAGGGAGCACAUGGGUUCCGGCAGCUCCCUCCCGUCCCGGGAAGAGAAGCAAGAGCCUGUUGUGGUAAGGCCCUAUCCACAGGUGCAGAUGUUGUCUACACACCAUGCUGUCGCAUCGGGCACACCUGUCACAGUGGCAGCCCCACCGGCACACCUGACGCCAGCAGUGCCACUCUCAUUUUCGGAGGGACUUAUGAAGCCGCCCCCGAAGCCCACCAUGCCUAGCCGUCCCAUUGCUCCUGCUCCACCUUCUACCUUGUCACUUCCCCCCAAGGUUCCAGGGCAGGUUACCGUUACCAUGGAGAGUAGCAUCCCUCAAGCUUCCGCCAUUCCUGUGGCAACAAUCAGUGGACAACAGGGACACCCCAGUAGCCUGCAUCAUAUCAUGACCACAAAUGUACAGAUGUCCAUCAUCCGCAGCAGUGCCCCGGGACCCCCUCUGCACAUCGGAGCGUCUCAUCUACCUCGAGGCGCAGCCGCUGCUGCCGUGAUGUCCAGCUCCAAGGUGACCACGGUCCUGAGGCCGACCUCACAGUUGCCAAAUGCUGCCGCAGCUCAGCCUGCUGUCCAGCACAUCAUUCACCAGCCAAUCCAGUCUCGCCCACCUGUGACCACCUCUAACACCAUCCCUCCCGCUGUGGUAGCGACGGUUGCGGCCACCAGAGCUCAGUCUCCAGUCAUCACUACGACAGCAGCACAUGCGGCCGACGCGGCACUUAGUCGGCCAACUUUGUCUAUCCAGCACCCACCAUCUGCAGCAAUUAGUAUCCAGCGCCCGGCCCAGGCACGGGAUGUCACAACAAGGAUCACACUGCCAUCUCACCCUGCAUUAGGGACACCAAAACAGCAGCUUCAUACCAUGGCUCAGAAAACGAUCUUCAGCACUGGCACACCAGUGGCCGCAGCCACGGUAGCACCUAUUUUGGCAACCAACACCAUUCCUUCAGCAACCACAGCCGGAUCUGUGUCUCACACGCAGGCACCCACGAGUACGAUCGUUACCAUGACGAUGCCCUCACACUCAUCCCAUGCCCCCGCCGUGACCACCUCGAACAUCCCAGUCGCUAAGGUGGUGCCUCAACAGAUCACACACACUUCCCCUCGGAUCCAGCCUGAUUACCCUGCGGAGAGGGGUAGCCUGAUCCCCAUUUCAGGACACCGGGCCUCUCCAAAUCCUGUGGCCAUGGAAACCCGAAGUGACAAUAGGCCAUCUGUUCCUGUUCAGUUCCAGUACUUUUUGCCAACGUACCCACCUUCUGCGUACCCACUGGCCGCACACACGUACACUCCAAUCACCAGCUCUGUGUCCACCAUCCGACAGUAUCCAGUUUCAGCUCAAGCUCCAAACUCUGCCAUCACAGCUCAGACUGGUGUUGGGGUGGCAUCUACAGUCCACCUGAACCCCAUGCAGCUGAUGACAGUAGAUGCCUCUCAUGCUCGACACAUCCAGGGGAUCCAGCCAGCACCCAUCAGCACACAGGGGAUCCAGCCAGCCCCCAUUGGGACCCCAGGAAUACAGCCAGCACCGAUCGGCACACAGGGAAUUCACUCAGCAACCCCAAUCAGCACACAGGGACUUCAGCCUGCCCCAGUGGGUACUCAGCAGCCUCAGCCGGAAGGAAAGACGUCAGCAGUGGUGUUGGCAGACGGCGCCACCAUUGUGGCCAACCCCAUUAACAGUCCGUUCAGUGCCGCUCCGGCAGCAACCACCGUGGUGCAGACCCACAGCCAGAGCGCGAGCGCCAACGCGCCGGCCCCGGGCUCGUCCCCCCGUCCGAGCAUCCUCCGGAAGAAACCCACCACAGAUGGUGCCAAACCUAAAUCAGAAAUCCACGUAUCGGUGGCCACUCCAGUCACUGUGUCCAUGGAGACGGCGUCCAAUCAGAGUAACGACCAGCCCACCAUCGCAGUACCACCCGCAGCCCAGCAGACUGCGCCGAGCAUUCCAGCCGUGAUGGCAGCUAGUCCGCCCUCACAACCCGCAGCUGCCCUUUCAGCCGUUCCCGGGGCAGUGCCCGCCCCCCCGCCCGCCACUGCCAUCGCCGCCGCCCCCCCGCCCCCAGCAGCUGUGGGUGGCGGUCUCUCCUCCGUUUUGGGCCCUGCUGUCCCUGAUAUAAAAGUUAAAGAGGAAGUGGAACCGAUGGACAUCAUGCGGCCAGUGUCUGCAGUUCCUCCACUGGCUCCCAGCACUGUGUCUCCAUCUCUUGCUUUGCUGGCUAACAACCUGUCCAUGCCUACAAGUGACCUACCGCCUGGUGCCUCACCAAGGAAAAAGCCUCGGAAGCAACAGCACGUGAUUUCAACUGAAGAAGGAGAUAUGAUGGAGACGAAUAGCACCGAUGAUGAGAAGUCGGCUGCUAAGAGCCUCCUGGUGAAAGCUGAGAAGCGCAAGUCUCCUCCCAAGGAGUAUAUCGAUGAAGAAGGUGUGAGGUACGUCCCAGUGCGUCCAAGACCCCCCAUUACUUUGCUCCGUCACUACCGAAACCCCUGGAAAGCUGCAUACCACCACUUUCAGCGGUAUAGUGAUGUCCGAGUCAAAGAGGAGAAGAAAGCUAUGCUGCAGGAAAUAGCCAAUCAGAAAGGAGUAUCCUGUCGCGCCCAAGGCUGGAAAGUCCACCUCUGUGCUGCGCAGUUGCUCCAGCUGACAAAUCUAGAGCAUGAUGUUUAUGAAAGACUCACCAACCUACAGGAAGGGAUUAUCCCAAAGAAAAAAGCAGCGACCGAUGAUGACCUGCACCGAAUAAAUGAGCUGAUCCAGGGAAACAUGCAGAGGUGUAAACUUGUGAUGGAUCAAAUCAGUGAGGCCAGAGACUCCAUGCUUAAGGUUUUAGAUCAUAAAGAUCGUGUCCUGAAGCUUCUGAACAAGAAUGGGACUGUCAAGAAGGUGUCAAAAUUGAAGCGAAAAGAAAAGGUCUAGACCAAGAAGAAUCAGAGGACUUUGGAAACAGAAUUUAUGAAGAAUGGGGGUGGGGGUGGGGGGAGGGCUUUGGUUUAUUUUCAAGUGGAGCACUGAGAUCAAGUGUUCCUCAGUUCCCACGGGCAGCAGAGGGCCGUGGCAGCCGUUGGCAGGAGAGGAUCAGAGCGGAUCUGGCACAGCGAGCUGCUUGCGUUCGGCCGCAUCCCUCCCAAGCUCUCUGGGUCGUGCGGGACUCCUGACACUCCAGCGUCUGCCAGUUGGAAUCAAUGACACAAAUGAAUGGCCAGUGUUUUUCAGUCUUCUGGUUUAUAAACUAUUUAUCUGGUGGAUGCCUGCAGGACCCAUACCGAGCCUGGACUGAAAGUACCCACUCGGACCACCAGUUAUCUCUUCACACUGCAGUUCACACCUUUUCCUCUCACUCCCCUCUGACCUUCAAACGCCUAAGCUGGCCUUUCACAGCAGUGCCAUGGCUCCUUAAGACCUGCCAUAUCUCACUCUAUAAAGGGUUUGAACAGUUCUUGUCAUUUUUUUAAAGAACCAUUUCAAAGUGAAAUUGUUAUAUUGUUUGUCCUGCGUGUGUGAGUUGGGUUUUUGUGGAGGUUCAGAGCGGGCAGCACCAAAGCUGCUCUGACGUCCCUGUUCUGAAGUGCAUUCCUGGCUACCUGUACUUCUGUAGCUGGUGAUGCUGUUACUUGUAUGUACCACACAUCUCCAAAAGUUAAUAAAGGACUCAAAGGGGUUUUGUACCUGCA